CCCGGCCUCGGGCAGCAGAAUUACUAGGGGCCCCGCCUGGGCUGCCCGGGCUCCCGUCGCCUGGGUCUCACCCGCCAUGGUUCGGUUGCCUUUGCAGUGUGUCCUCUGGGGCUGCUUGCUGUCCACCGUCCUCCUGGUGUCUCCCACUCCCUGUAGAAAAAACCAGUACCAAAUAAACAACCAGUGCUGUGAUUUGUGCCCUCCAGGAGAGAGACUGACCACUGACUGCACGGAGGGCACACAAACAAAAUGCUCACCUUGUGAGCAGGACGAAUUCUCAAACACCUGGAACAGAGAGCCACGCUGUCACCAGCACAAGUACUGCGACCCUAACCUAGGGCUCCGAGAAUGGAGCAAGGGUACCUCGGAGACAGAUACCACCUGCGCUUGUCAAGAGGGUAAACACUGCAGCAGCCAUGCCUGUGAGAGAUGUACCCCUCACACCUCCUGUCCUGCAGGCUAUGGAGUUAAACAGAUGGCCACAGAGGUUUCUGAUACCAUCUGCGAACCCUGCCCCGAUGGUUUCUUCUCCAACACAUCGUCCGCCUCGGAAAGCUGCCAGCCUUGGACAAGCUGUGAGGCCCAGAACCUGGUGGUGCUACGGGCGGGGACCAACAAGACUGAUGUGCGCUGUGGUUCCCAUGACCGGAAGAGGGUCCUGCUGUUAAUCCCCGUGGUGCUGGUGGCCCUGAUGACUGUACUGCUGGUAUCGGUUUACAUCCGAAAGGUGAUCAGGAGGUCUGGCUCCAAGGGCGAAAUCAACACCAAGAGGCAGGAUCCCGUGGAGACAGAAGACCUCCCCGGCCACAACACGGCUGCACCGGUGCAGGAGACGCUGCAUGGAUGCCAGCCGGUCACCCAGGAGGACGGCAAGGAAAGCCGCAUUGCUGUACAAGAACAUCAGUGAGGUUGACUGUCUAGAACGUGACAGUCCAGCACAGGACCCCCGGGGGGACAGGUCUGGGCAGGGGGCUGGCCCUGGCUGGUACCCCUUUGCCCUGAAUGGACCAAAACACAUGGCCAAGGAGAACAGCUCACCCAACCCUGGUACACCUCCCAUCCCCCAAUCUGCUGUUAGCCACCUGAGCCAAACU